GUCCGCAGUGAGUGAAGAAUCACAACAGAGCAGCUCCUGCAACCCUUUUCCCUCAUCGUCUCACUUCGUGUUGACGUUUAUUUAUUUAUUUAUCUAUCUUAGGACAUGUCACGAAAACUUAAAGAAGAAUAUCACAGGUUCUUCUCUGUAUCUGACCCACGGACCCACGAGAAGGGCCACACGGAAUACAAAGUGACAGCCAGGUUUGUGUCCAAGCGUCAUCCUGAAGAUGUGAAGGAGGUGGUGGUAUGGAAGAGGUUCUCUGAGCUGAAGAAGCUCCAUGGAGAGCUGGCCUACACUCACAGGAACUUGUUCAGGAGACAGGAGGAGUUUCCUGCUUUCCCAAGAGCACAAGUUUUUGGAAGGUUUGAUGAAGCUGUGAUUGAGGAGAGGAGGAAGGCAGCCGAGAGCAUGCUUCUAUUCACCACCAGCAUUCCUGCACUCUACAACAGCCCACAGCUAAAGGAGUUCUUCCGAGGUGGUGAAGUCACGAGGCCUUUGGAUCCCUCGCCUGUGUCCUCAGCUGGGCCUCUGCCCCCCCCACUAAUCCCCCUGCCAAAGAGGAGGGCCUCAGACUGUGAACCUGCUGAAGAGGAGGAGGGGAGGGAGGCUCCCACCUUACCGCAAGACUUAGGCACCAACAUUAGCUUGGAGAUUGGGGAACCAGAGGUGGCUGCUGAGGCCUUUAAUGAGAUCGUAGGCUCUCUGACAGAAGAUGACCAAGAUGGCCUUAGUGAUACAGAACUGGAUAAUGGAGUAUCCUGCCCUGAACCAACACUAACAACACACCACCAGUCAGAGGAGAGGCAGGAAGAAUUUGAUUCAUUGUUUGACUCAGUGGUGGAAGAGCACAUCCCGUCCCCUAAGGAAGAGAGGCCCCCUCCUCUGUCUGAAAAUGACUUGGCUGUCUUUGAUCCCUGCUUUAAACAAGAGAAAACAGAUUCCUCAAUUGACCACUCUGAACUAUUCUCACUGCCUCCGGCCAGUCUGAUCGGUGGAGACGUUGCUUACCUAAACCAAGCUGCCAAGGAGUUGACGGCAGCUGUGGACAAGGAGAAGGAGGGAGAGUUCAGCUCUGCCAUUAAAGGAUACAGGACAGCGGUGGACAUACUGAUCACUGGAGUCAAGGGAGACCCAGAUCCAGUUCGCAGGGAGUCUGUGAUGAGAAGGACGGCCCAGUACUUAAAGCAUGCUGAGAUGUUGGUGGAUCAGCACGCUUCACCCAGACAUGCUGAGACAGCUGCAAACACACAUGCACAGGAGCCAUAGAUGCAAACUUAUACACAAGUCAGCUUAUAGGUGCUGAAACUAAAUGGAAAAGCAGCUCAAGUUUGAGGUGCACAUGAGGUGUUUGAAAAUUUGUUU